ACCAACGGAACACUAUCUCUGUUCCUUCCAUCAACAACCCAUUUCAAACCUUCGGUACUCUCACAGUACCACCCAAACAGCCAAGUCACUUCGAUUCUGUCUUUACAGCAGUCCGAACCUGCAAACAUGUCGAAACUCUUCAUCGGCGGCCUCGCCUGGCACACGGAUGACCAGACUCUUCGCGCCAAGUUCGAGGAGUACGGUCAAGUCGACGAAGCCAUCGUCGUCAAGGACCGCGAUACCGGCCGCAGCCGUGGAUUCGGCUUUGUUCGCUUCGCUGACGAUGCUGGUGCCGAUGCUGCCAUCACCGCCAUGAACAACGUCGAGUUCGAUGGACGCACCAUCCGUGUCGACAAGGCUUCUGAGCGUGGCGCCGGCGGCGGUGGAGGUGGCUUCUCUGGCGGACGCGAAGGCGGAGGGUACAGCGGAGGUGGCGGCGGCUACGGCCGUGGAGGUGGAGGCUACGGCGGCCAGCAGGGCGGAUACCAAGGCGGUGGAUACCAGGGCGGUGGUGGAUACCAAGGUGGCCAAGGUGGUGGCUACCAGGGUGGCGGUGGCUACCAAGGUGGUGGCGGAGGCGGAAACUGGCGCUCCGGCGGUGGUCAGGAGGGCGGAUACCAGGGCGGCGGCGGCGGCGGCGGCGGCUACCAGAACGGUGGUCAGCAGCAGGGCGGCUACUAGACGCCUCGACGACCUUCGACACUCCCAACGUGGCCCCUCCACAAAAGUUGAUACGGACAUCCUCAUUUGAGGACUCAAGAUUGCAGCGAUUUUGGACACGGCGAGAUGGGAGAUCGACACGUUCUCCUCAAAGAUCGUGUCGACAACGGCUUCUACAGCCAGCAGCCAACGGUGCUGCUUGAUUUUAUGAUACUUGCGUGCGACGAUGGAUUGGAACAACGGCCGAGAACGAAUCGCUCAGAUGAUACCCCGAUGCGCGCGGCAGAGAGGUAGCCGGGCAUCUUGCGAUGUCCUGCUCAUUUGAGAUGAGUUACACCCUGAAAUGGCAUGAGUCUGACUG